UUCAAAUAUAAGAAAUAAGUUCAAGUAAUAUUUCAUAUGAAAUAAAGUGAAGAAAAGUAAAAAAAAAAAAUCGUACGUCUCGCCUGAUUGAGUAUUUUUGUGUGUAGGCUGAAUGUGCUUGUGCUUUCCUUGCAAGAAAAAAAGCAGUUUUCGAUAAUUUCUUGCAUAUCAAAGGGAAUUGAUGUGAAUAUAUAAGUUGAAAUAAUACAAUGGUAACAAAUACAGAAAUUAUUCUAGAUGUACGUUGUGCGGUAAAAAGCGAGGCUGCAGCCGUUGACCCUGUUUCUGUUUCUGGUGAAUCGGCCGACAUUAACACUCUAACAACAACGACAGCAGCAGCAAGCACUAUUACUAUUACGAACACCGCUUCGAGCGUCAUUAAUAAUAGCAAUAAAAUCAGCACCACAAGCACCCACAAUCGAAGCAACGCCAACGCGGCAAUAACAACAGCUAAUGUAACUAAUGUCAUGGCAAUGCGUAGUGUGGAAUUACCUAAAUCGUCACCUCCUCCACAAGUAAUCAUCAUUCCCAACUCUCAAGCCUCCGCAGUAGCCUGUAAUGCGGCCAAAAAGAUAAGACGCGCUUUCUCUAUGCCACGCAAUCCCUUUCGUUGGUCGCGUAAAUUAAAAACCGCGAAUGAUUCCGAUCGUGGUGGUUAUGCUGCUGUUGCAAACGCCGCUAGCAGCAAUCGGGUCGCCAGUGUGAUUGGUAAAAGUUCCACUUUAUCUUUUUGUGUGGGCGGCGGUCGGGAACGUUCAGGCAGUUUUGUGUCGUUAAGUAGUUACGAUGAUAAAGGUAUAAAAGUGCAACCAGCCAUGCAAGCUAAAUCAACUAAAAUAGACGACAAGUCAAGUGAUAAUGUUAACCUCAAUAAUAAAGGCAAGAAAUCAUCAAAGCUGACAACAAAUGUUAAUGGUAAAGUUAACACUCAAACCUCCUCAACGGCCACAGGGAAUGCUUCCAAUCGCGUUUUAAGGCGUUCAUCGUUUCGUAAAUUUUUAAAUCGCAUAACCCAACAUGUAACAACAACAUCAUCAUCAUCGUCUGCAAUUACGUCUCAUAAAACGCCAUUUACAGAUAUUAUGCCUUUUUAUAACGGAUGUUGGCGCAGAAAGAAUAACAAACAUCAUGCAACCGCAAAUGGUCAUGCUACCGCCAUAUCAACGACAACGGAUCGUGUACCGCCCAUCGGUGGCUAUCAAUGGCCAAAUGAUCAAACACCCGGUGUUAUGGGUCUUAAAAAUCAUGGCAAUACCUGUUUUAUGAAUGCAGUAUUACAAUGCCUCAGUCAUACGGAUAUAUUGGCUGAAUAUUUUGUCUUAGAUCAAUACAAGGCUGAUCUGAAACGCCGCAAUAAAAUCAAUGCACGUAAAUUUGGUACAAAAGGCGAGCUUACCGAACAAUUGGCGAAUGUUUUAAAAGCCUUGUGGACUUGCAAAAAUGAAAGCGAUCACAGCACCAGUUUCAAGGCUGUGGUGGAACGUUACGGUUCACAAUUUCGCAGUUCAACACAACACGAUGCUCAAGAAUUUUUAUUCUGGUUAUUGGAUAAAGUGCACGAAGAUUUAAAUACCGCCACCAAAAGGCGCUAUAAGAGUGUUAAGAAUAACUACGGCCGUCCAGAUGAGGUGAUUGCUGCUGAAACACUAGCCAACCAUAUACGUUGUAACAAUUCAUUUGUACAAGCGGUAUUUCAAGCGCAAUUUCGUUCAUCGCUUACUUGCCCGCGUUGUAAAAAGCAAUCGAAUACCUUUGAUCCAUUCCACUGCAUAUCGGUACAAUUGCCGCAAUUGACGCAACAAACAGUAUUUGUUACUGUCGUAUAUCUAAAGCAGCAACCACGUCAAGUGCGUGUGGGUUUAACGGUGACAGCUGGUUCGGCGAUAGUGGCCUUGCGUGAACAAUUAGCCAAAGAUACUGGUAUUGCUGGUGACCGUAUGGUGCUUGUAGAUUUACAAGAGGAUGGAUUCUCUCGUGUCUUCUACGAUUGUCAACCUGUCAAUACUUUGGAAGGUAACGAUAAGAUAUAUUGCAUAGAAGUACCGCCGGAAAAGGAUUUAAAACCCGUUGAUAGUCCCAGUACACCACUAUCGUCUGAUCUUUUACUACUAGUGGCGAAUGUAAAGAAAACGAAAAAAAUGAAAAUUAAUGAAGAUUCAGCGAAAGUGGUUCAUACUUAUACGUUGGAAAGAUUUGGUGCUCCUUUCUGCAUGCAAGUGGCCCGCGAUUGCUCCUACGCCGAAUUACAGAAAAAACUAUUACGUGAAAUGGCUUCCUUGGUAAAGCCGGAGGUAUUCUCUUAUUCUACACCAUUGAGUGAAAUGUUUCAAAUGCGUCUACAAGAUCCCUCAGCUGAUCCAGAUACGUAUAUAGAACAAGUGGAGCAUCCACUAUUAACCGAAAUGAUAGAUUUAGCAUUAUCUGUAUUAUCUUCUGAAGCGGGGCCAGCUCAUAUCAAACUACUACUUGAAUGGCCAGACCCAGAGGCCCAUUUCAAUAAUCUCUCUGACAGUGUAGUAGAACAUGAGAGUGUUCCCGUGCUGAAGUUGAAUAAAUCAAAUGACACUGCUACGCUUAGUUUGGAGCAAUGCUUAGAACACUACACUAAAGCGGAAACGUUGAGUGCCGAAGAUGCUUGGCGCUGUCCUCACUGUCAGCAGUAUUUACCGGUUGUGAAAACUCUCGGCUUGUGGUCGUUACCAGAUAUUUUAGUAGUGCAUUUUAAGCGCUUUCGUCAACAUCAAGUGAAAGGAGCUAAUGCUGCCAAAUUAACUACAAUGGUCAAGUUUCCCUUGCAUUCUUUCGACAUGUCACCACAUUUGGCUAGAGGAACUAAUGAAUCCGCAUCGGCAUCUUCUCUUCUAACCGAUAUAAGCUAUAAUUCCACCCAUUUUCGACCGAGUCCUUGGCGUAAAAGUCGACCAGGUGAUUCCCGCUCCUCUACUCUAAGUUCGCGCGACAAUAAAGAGACCCGAUACGAUCUCUAUGCCGUGUGUUACCAUCAGGGUGACACACUGGAAACCGGUCAUUAUACAGCUGCUUGUAAGAACCCCUACGAUCGGCAAUGGUAUAAAUUCGAUGAUCAGCGUGUAACCAAAGUUUCCAAUGAAUCGCUGCCCGACGAAAUUGUGAAUAACGAAGCGUAUAUGUUAUUCUAUCAGCGCCGAGCAUCCGAAAAUACAGAGUGCUCCGGAUCAAGUAGCAAUUCUAGUGAUCAUUGGGUAUCACGUAUAGUACCUCCUGCUACGAUGAGUAGCAACACCAGUAACCCCUUAAUAACAGAUAACAUAAAAGUUGAGGCUAAAAUUGAAAAAAUGCAUUCCAUAGAAGACUUGGUAAAGGUAGAGGCUAAUGCCGAUUUAAAACCAAUCCAAGUUCUUAGUAAGGAAAUCACAGACGAGUUGGAAACGAGAAAUGAAGAGAAUGUAAACUCUGGGGUCAUACUUGCUCAAGAGGUUGUGAUAACAAACGGUCAUACAAAUAGUUUAGAGGUUUUAGAAAAGGAUUUGCUGUUUGCUGAUUCCGAUGUAAAUGUUCAGACGCAAGAAAUAUUGGAUGGUCGAAAUCCCGAUAAGGAGAGUAUUAAUCAAAGAGAAGAAGGAACACAAGAUGUACCUCGUACAGGCGAAACCGUGAAAAUUGUCAAUUCUUUACAAUCCAUACAUGAAAGUAAUGCGAAGUCAAUUCAAGAUGAAAAUCGAACAAUAAACAAACUGAAUAACAAAUCGCCAACCACCUUAGACACCGUUAAACAGAUUUCGUCGUCACAAUCACCGGACACUAAAACGAAUCAUACUGUUUCCAAUACAUCUAGUGUAACAACGUCAUCCGAUUCGUCUAUUUCGUCUAUGGCUUUGGUUGAUUCCUUAGCUGUGUCAGUUAAUGGUUCCACUAAUUUGCAAAACAAAUUCAAUAGCUAUACAGCAAACGCGGCCAAAGAACAAUUAUUAUCCGCCAAUAUGAAGAGUAGCAGCAGCAGUAUUAUUGGCAGUGCUUUACCGGGACACACUUAUCGUCAGCCGUGGCAUGGUAGCCGUUCAAGCGUAUCGGCUGUUGAAAGUUGUGUCACUCAACCAUCGAUGGCUGCUACUCAUCCGUCUUUGCAUUUACGUCAUUCAUUUUCGACUACUUCAAAUUACCGGUUACGGGAAUGUACUGACACGUUAUCUUCAUUGUUGCGGAAUUCGAACAAUACGUGUAGCAAAGAUACUUUAAUAUUCUUGGAUCAGCAAAAUCAUCACAAUCAUCAUCACGGCUUAAUGGAAGACGAUGACGAUGAUGACGAUACCAUUAUGGGUAGUAGAACGUUGUGGAUCUCCCCCGUGACACCACAUAAACUGAUAACCGUAUCACCAAAAAAUUGAGACAUAACUUUUGAAAUGUCUUCAUUUUAAUGAUAAGAUAAAAAAAAAAAGAAAAAUAUUUAAAUAAAUACAUUUAUAUUUUCGAUUCAUUUAUUUGUAUGUUUCUUAGAUAAAUUCGUAUAAUUAAAAAGGUGAAAAUGCAAUGUAAAUUAAUUAAUUAAAAAAAAUUAAUAUUAAGCAGAAAUUAUACAAAUAUUCAAGCAUCCAUGUAUAGAAAUAUAAACGAUGCAGACUUUAUCUUGACAUAUUACCAUAUUCGUAUAUAGGAAAUAUAACUUUUUAAGGCAAAAAGUGUAUUCGUUACUUUAAGAAAUUUACUUUACACGUUGUAUACAAUUGAGAGAUAACAGAUUUGAAGAUUGUAAUAUAGAUAGAUAUAUAGCUAAAUAUAGUUAAGUAUAAAGAAUUACCAUAAAAAUAUUGCCGUAAAGUGUUACAUAAUUUUUUUCUAGAGAAAGAGAACAGUAAUUAUUUUAUAUAAAUAUUAACAUUAUGUUAAAAAUGUUGAAAAGCGAUAUAAGUGCGUGUUGAAAUUUUACUGUUUAUAUAUAAUAGCUACAUAAACGCGUACAUAUUGGCAAUAAAAUCAUGUAAUAUUUAUAUAUUUGUUGUAAUAA